GAACUUCAUUCACGCUUUUGCAACAGUUCGUGAUACGUGGGCUCUUAAACCAGCGGGAUAACCUGGUAUUAAUAUCGAGUGCUACCCAGGAAGUGGACCCGUGUUUACCUCGUCUAGCCCACUAUCUCUUAUUUAUCGGCAAUGGCAGACGAGGCUCUGUUCGACUUGCUCCAUAUGGAGAUGGUGUCCCAUGUCUACAAAGAGCAGCAGUCCAGUAAAGGAGAGAUGGACAACAAGGACAGAGCGGCGUGUGUUUCUGUCCUUGAAAGCAUGGGCUUCAGGGUGGGACAAGGACUCAUUGAGAGGUUGACUCGAGACUCUCCUAGCUUCAAGGACGAGUUGGAUGUCAUGAAGUUUGUCUGUAAAGACUUCUGGACGAAGGUGUUCAGGAGGCAGAUUGACAACCUCAGAACAAACCAUCAGGGCACAUAUGUGUUGCAAGACAACAAGUUUUCCCUGCUUACUCAGCUGUCCAGUGGAAAACAGUACCUGGAUCAGGCUCCUAAGUACCUCGCUUUCUCGUGUGGGGUGGUGAGAGGAGCUCUGUCUAACCUGGGUCUUGACAGCGUGGUGACAGCUGAGGUCUCUAUUAUGCCCUCCUGUAAGUUCCAGGUAGUGGUUCAGAAGUUGUGACCGGCUCCUCUCUGCUGCCAUGGUGCUAAGGAACAGGGUCCUGUAGGGUUCUGUUUAUCCUAAAGAUAGGAUAGUAAUUCCUGUCCAGCCUCAGAUGGACUCAAACAACAACUGGGUCUAACAGGUUCUUCUGACAACCAGGUACACCUUUCAGGGCAAAAAGGUUUAACCGAGACUUUAAGUGCUCUGAUACAGAACCGGAUUGGUUUUUAAUCCUUUUUCGUCUUCUUGUUUUUUAAUAGACGUUGACUCGAGUCUGAGUGAAAUAAUGUAUGAUGUUUUUGACUUUAGUUUUCACUUGAUAAGUGGAGCCUGGCGCUGACUGACCCCACUUGGCCAGGCUUUGAAAGAUACAGUAUAAACUGUGAACACAAGAAUGUGAAUGUAUAGCAAAUCACACGGUAACUUUGUGUUCUUUGUUACGUUUUGCAAUGUUGAGUCCUCAAAUUGAGAGGACUGUGCUUACUAAAAAAAAAAAAAAAAAAGGAUAUUUCAGGACUAUCAACUGCCAUACCAUUUGUUUGUAAGCAUUCUGCUAAACAAUAGAGAAUCUCUGAAAGUAAUUACACCUGGUAAAUAGAAACAUUAGUCAACAAUACUGUUUCUGCAGACAAACCUGCAGGCAGCUCCUGGUGCUUUCCCCUCCUUUGUGGCUGUUUGCCUGUAAGAGCUGGGUGUUCAUGCAUGCUGUUGGUCCUUUACAUUUCAGUUUAUUUACAGGCAGAAUGAGUCAACAGUUUAUGAAUUUAGAGAGACCUCUACUUUGUAAUUCUGCUACCUCUAUUAUAUUACAUUCUAGAGCUGACUAUUGAAACUUGGUUUAUAGGCUGUCAUUUAAUGUAACGACACUGCGUGUUCUUUGUACACCAGUGGAAUUUAAAAUAUAUAGUUAAGAAUUGUUCCUACGUUACAGCAAGCUGCACAUGUUGUAAGACUGAAAUCCUCCUUCAUGGAUGUAUUGUUACAUUUGUUUAUCAAAUAUGAGUCCAUCUAUGUGACCAUACAUUUCACUUCAUUUUAUUUAUGUAUUUAUCCAAACUAAACAAUUUUCUUAAAACUGAAUAAUAAUGUCUUGGGGGGGAAAAAAAACUUGUCUCCAAAAGUCCACCUCUUGGGUUGAUACUGUUUUCUCUUUGUGCCACUAGAGGGAGACAUAAAGCUGUCAUUAUUUCCAUGGGUUGUUGCUCUAACAGUUCACAGGUCAAGUCUUGUGUCUCGUAGUCUUGUACAUCAGACUCAUCCUAUAGUUGAGCCAAAAUGACUGAACGUUGCCAUAAGAAACACUCAACAAAAAAAAGUCUUAACUAAGGAGUUUUUUCAAAAUAUAUUAUUUUGUCACCUUACAUUAUUUAUCUAUCUAUUAUAGCGCAACAUGUUUACAAAACCCUUUUAUAUUCUGUUGUAGAAAUAAUCAUGAAUCAAUUUUCCCAUAAAUCAAAUGAAGGAAUUAUCAUUAUAUUGUAUUUUAGGAAUAAGGCAUAAAUCCACGACUCAAUCACACUUUUCCAUUGUGUUAUAAAGAACAAAACAUUGAAGUGAUUUAAGAGAAACGUGAAGUUUUCCUUUCUGUCUGUAACUUUUUUUUCUUUCUCCUUGACUGUGUAACUGUAGGUCCCUUUCCCAUCAUCCCUGCUUAAGUUAUUAAUAUUUCUUUCAUGUUUUUGAUCCAUAUCAUGAGUUCGGUAUUAAGAGGUUACUAUUGUAUGCGAGUGGAUUGCACUUCCUGUAUAUUCAGUAUCCAACUUCUACUCAAGCAGGCUAAUCUAAAACAUCGGUUUUCAAGAAAUGCAUCGUCAUUGUAAGUCUGAAUUUCCAAAAAGAUUAUCCAGGUCCUAUUCGUCAUCAGAUCUGGUGAAAUAUUUAAAUCCUCUGGAUUUUCUUUAUAUUUACAUUUUGACAUGGCACCACCUGGACGUUACUGCAGCAGGUGCAUUAUGGAGCUCACACUGCCUUUUAUUUGUCCUCCCUGUAAUAAAGUCCCCUGUCUUUAUUCCAGCAUCCCAUUGGUAUGAGUGUCAUAGUUUACAGAAUAAAGGUUGGUUUUGUGAUUUGA